AUGAUACGCGAACGACGACGGCAACAGGCCAGUGACCCGGAAGACGCGGAAUUGAGCCGUGAUCGCGGCGAGGAUCGGUCGAGGAACUGGAUCGAUCUCGACGAGAACGUUCUCGAUGGCUACAUAUUGAUAGACGACGCGUGUCUCGAGCCAACCGUUGUGCCCGACGAGAGCCAGGAACUGCCUUAUCCCGAGGGGGCCGAGGAACUGGACGACGACGAGGACGACGGUGACGCCGACAGUCACGGGAACGACGAGAUCUACGGCAGAAUCGGGCAAGCAGUAGCCGGAAAGCUUCGGGAAGAAGUCGACUUCAGCAUGACCUAUCCGAUCGCUAACAGCCACGGGAACGCGAAUCAAGCGAGCAGCCAUAGCAGGUACAGCGAGUUAUACUCGGAGCUGGCGAUCAGGAACUACCUGGAUGCGAAUCGAGACGACACGAUGAACUACUCGGUGGCCAAUAGCCACGGCGAUCACAGCGCUUCGUCCGGGAACAGGGAGAGAAGCAUCAGAGAGAACACGGAGACUGACCAGCUCAACUGGGACAGUAGACAGCAUAGCAAUUACGAGGUAGCCAAUAGUCACAGCAAUUACAGGGUGUACUACGAUAGCCAGACGCAGCAGAGGGAGUUCCUGCAGACGUCCGGUUGGCCAGUCGAAUCCUGGAAGGGACACCUGCUCGGUAGCGCCGAGGUGGCCAACGACAAGAAACAAAAGUCGGCGAACCUUGGCAACGUAGACGCUACGAGGAUCGGUGAGUCGGAAGCUAAGUCGGAGAGCGGGCAUUGCAGCGAAUCGGGCUGCGACAUCGAACAGUGUUUGGUACAGAUCGAGGAGAGUCUCAUGAACAUCGAACAAAAUUUACUUCACGUUCAGAAUUUGGAUAUACCGGAGUUGAGGAACCUUUUGUACAAAAGUCCCAGCAUCGAGAAGAGUCUCUCCGAGGUUCAAGACCUCCUCUAUGCCGACGGGAUCGUUCCUGCGAAGAAGAGAAAGCCUUUGACCGUCGACUCGGAGGAAGAGAACGAAGAGGACGAGGACGAGGAGGAGGAGGAGGAGGAAGAGGAGGAAGUUUGGGUGGAUCGCGAUCUACCGAUAAAAGACAACGACGACGAAGAUGACGACGCUGGCGCCGGUGCCUUUGACGCCUCCAACGAAGAAUCUUCCGACACUGCCAAUGCGGAAGAGAACAAUCGAUCCGGAUCGGCGGACGAUCGUUCAAAAGUCGAUUACGCGAACGGUUCGACGAUCUUCCGGGAGGAGAGCAACUCGAAUUAUAUGAACUUUAUCCCGAACAGUCUGAACAAAACGUUGCCUAGGAGAGUGUUCCUCGAGGGAACGAAGGAGAACAUCCGACUGUGUUCAUCCGGGCCCGAAGAGCCGACGAUCAUCGACUACAACUUGAACACCACCUGCGCGGAGAAGAAGUUGUUCUGCCGGGACAAGUGUCACAGUAGAACGAACUCUUUGGACGAGAAUUCGGCGUUCCCAAAUUUCGACAAGCACGACAAGCACGAGACCGGUAAGAGCUCUUUGCAGAACCUGCUCUUCGAGACUGUGAACAGCAAUUCCUUGGACCUGUCGGUGAAAGCCAGGUCGGAGGAGAUGCUGCGUACCCCUCGCGAGAGGUUCUCCAAGGCUCUGAACAAAAGGGGGAUCGACGAGAAACAAUGGACCAUCAUGGAGGCGAGGACGAAGGAUUUUCGCAGAAAGAUCGAGUCCAUCACUUCCCACAGACGGUUCACCGUGUCGGAUGCAAACGAUCAAAAGAGAUCGAAAGCUUCGAAGGAACUGCUGUCGGAUAAUGCUACCCACCCACGUGAGAAAUCGCCCGCUAGGCCAAGACGAGGCCUGAUCUCCGGCGAUAGAAAUCAGGAUAAGGAGUCCGGCGAUGGCAAAGGUUUCGAGAAAAGGAAACGAAAGAAGAUAUCGAGCAGAGGUCAAAGUUCCUCGGAGAAUGCUCUUGUGCCUAGCAAACUUAUCUCUCUCUCACUGUCCAUUCUCCUAGCAGCUUUGCUGCAGGCUGUCAGGUGCCUAACGAAUCUGGUGGAGGACGCGUUCAGGUCUGUCAGUUACGACAGGAACGGUCUGUUGCAAUGA